AGAUAAUAUAACUUGACCGUCUCCAACCUAUUGAUCAGAACAGACCGACUAAUUAUGGCAAACAUCUCGGAAGAGGAUUCCCGGAUCAACUCUUGGAACACUGAACUGUCCCAGACCUUGAUUCCGAGCUCCGUAUUUCUGGGUAUAUGUAUCGUUGUUGGAAUCAUCGGAAACAGCCUCGUCAUCCUCAUCUAUGGUCUCAAACUGCGUGGAGCGAAGGAGCGUUACUUCAUCCCGAUCCUUGCCGUGGUCGAUCUCCUGGCUCUCUGUGAAACCGCGGGCUUCAACAUCUCGUACAACGUCAGCCCCGUCAGGUUCAAGGGCCAGCAACUCUGUAAGUGGAGCUGGUUCUUUGGUUACAUGACGUCAGUAAUGUCGAUAUUCCUACUGCUGGUCAUCGCCAUACAGCGGUACCUGAAGAUCUGUCGACCGUUUGGUAAGCAGAUGACGCUGGAGUGGAAAAGAGUGGCGGUGCUCAGCACGUUUAUUGCGGCGGCUCUGAUUUCGGCACCUAUUCCAGUAACGUAUGGGCUGGACCCUGCGUACAGCGCUCGGUAUAACGUCACCGGAAGUGCCUGCCGACGACUGACUCAAGAGAAUCGAUGGUUGUCCCUUAUUCAUGCUAUUGUUUGCAAUGCCAUCGUCGCUGGCGUAGUCUGGGCUUUAAUCAUUUUAUACACGUUAAUCGGGCGAAAAAUUCACUCUCAGAUGCAGCAGUGGAAACAUCAAAGAACCAACGACAAUAACGUGAAGAUGACAAACUUGAACGAUGGUACCAGUGGCACAAACUCAGCAGACAGAAAUAAGCAAACAAUGUUCAAAAUUACAGCCAUGUUUAUGCUGAUCUCUUUGAUCUUCAUCGUCAGCUUCUCGCCCAAGGUCGUCAUCUUCAUCCUGGAGUGUGUAGACAGUAGGUUCUGGGACUCUCUGUCUUACAGUAACAGGCUCCUGGUUCGAUUCCUCGAGGUUCUCUUCGUUAUCAAUAACAUCGCCAACCCGUUCGUAUACGCUUUUCUGGACGUCAAAUUCUCACAGCAGAUGAAGAAAAUAUUCUGUGACUUAGACUACUCGCUAUAACGUGUCGGUUGAUAACUGUCGAACUUCUUACAUGUAUUUUGCUUGUGGUUCAUUUGCGUGUAUGUAAGUAAUCUUAUUUUAGUGUUUUGAAGUGUGUUUGGGGAAAAAAACUAUUUUAUAUUUUCGUGUAAGCAGAAAUCAAAGUAAAACAACACACAAAUCACACUUUUGAAUUCGCUAUUCGCUUGAACUGACUUUCACAAACGUUUCAUGUGAAUGAAUUUAUCCUGAGUAAGCCUAAAUUGGGCCAGCUGAAUUAUUAAGGUAAGAAGUGUUUCGGCCCAAAUACGAAGCGGGUCAGAUUAUUAUAUAUGGCAAUCAAAAUUAAAAAGACAAUUGUUAUUGUUUUGGCAUUGAUAAACGUUACUAGUAUUUAAGACAGACAGGCCCUCUAAGGACGGUUUAUUUUAAGACAGACAAGAUCUAUAUGGUCAAAAGGUCAAAAUGAGAUGAGGAGGUGUUAUAAUGAACUAUAGUUUUCUGUAAAAGAGAUGGUAAAAUUGCAUGAGUUUGUUGUUAGUCAUAGGAUUGUAACGGAAAUGGCCUUCAAUGAGAUACUGGUGCACGGUCUUCCUGAUCUACGCUGGUCAUCUGUAGUACUUUAAGACGAGGAACUAAAAUUAGCAGGGAGUGGGAGGGUUUAAACUGUUAUCAAAUUACACUGUAUAAAUUAUACAAGAUAACAUUUUUGAAAACGAUUAAAAAAUGUCAUCACUUAAGUACCCACUUAUUUUUGUAAAACCUACCUCGCUACAUUCGAAAUAUUUGUAAAUUAAAAUGGUGAAC